AUGGGGAGGGUUCCAGGCUGCCCCGACGGCGCCGUGGAGCUCCAACAUCGACACGCCGAGUAUCGCGAGUUGUACGUGCGGUGGCUCCAGUGGGCGACGUUGCUGCCUUUUAUGCGAACACUUGGAUCGAGGAAGUGCAAUGUGCAGAAUGCGCACACAUGUAACAACGAGUGGUGGUCGUAUGGCGAGGAGAACACGCCCAUGAUUGUCUCGUACAUCCAGCUGCGGUACCAGCUCAAGGUGUAUCUGCAGGCUCUCUUCGAGCAAAUCCACCAUACUUACGACGCCGCUGUUACAUGUUUGGCUUGCGGCUGCUUGUCAUCCGGUGACGAUACCCAAUGCACCGAGUGGGAGGUGUAUCUGCCGCAGAAGGGCCAGAGUGAGACAAAGCCGUGGACGUACAGGUGGACAAACGAGACAUAUGCUGGUGGACUGACGGUGACCGUCCCGGCCCCGAUCGAGCAUGUUCCGUUGUUUUACCUGGGGAAGCGGGAGGAUAUAAUGAGCGGAUGUGUGUUCUAG